AUGCUGACGGGCUGGGCGGAUGAUGUUAUCGAGGAGGAGGAGGAAGGGGAGGAGGUAGUGAGGGACGGAGACAUCCUUGGUGAGGUGAAAGAGAGCGCUGCAUGGCGGCGGAAACGCAUAAAGAAGAACAGCGCAGAGAUCCCGUAUGAGGAGCAGUGGGAGAUGGACGUGGACGCCUUCGAGCCGGGUAAACCAUGCUCGAUACAGCCCACGACGUUCCGACAGGCAGCGCAGGCCCACACAGACUGGGUCAACGAUGUAUUGCUAUGUAACUACAACCAGACAGUUCUGUCCGCCUCGUCCGACGGCACCGUGAAGGCAUGGACCCCGCACACGGCCAACGCGCCAGAGCCGACCGUCAUCGGGACGCACGUCGACUACGUGCGCUGUCUCGCCCUCAGUCGCGAGCAGAACUGGGUCGCGUCGGGCUCGUUCGACCGCACGAUCAAACUGUGGGACCUCUCGCGCACCUCGGCGGACGAGCCGCUGAUCACGCUCAGCCCGCCCGAGUCGUCCGGCCCCAAGUCGAGCAUCUACGCGCUGGCGGCGGACCCGUGCGGGCAUACGAUCGCGAGCGGGUCCCCGGAACGCGUGGUCAGGAUGUGGGACCCCCGGAGCGGUAGACGGAUCGCGAAAUUGGUGGGACAUACGGACAACAUCAGGGCAAUCCUGAUCUCGGAGGAUUCGAGAUAUCUUCUCACGGGUUCAGCAGAUGCGUCCGUCAAGCUAUGGUCGAUAUCGUCGCAAAAGUGUCUGCACACGUUCACGCAUCAUACAGACUCGGUGUGGUCACUAUUCUCGUCUCAUCCUUCGCUGGAGGUAUUCUACUCGGGGGACAGGUCAGGCCUUGUAUGCCGAGUGGACGUAGAGGAUUGCGCGGAUGUGUCGGAAGGGGAGUGCAUAGUCCUGUGCCAAGACCCGAGCGAGCGAUGCCCCGGAACUUCAGAAGGUAUCAUCAAGAUGGUUGUCAUGGACGAUAACCUGUUGUGGACCGCGGCGGGCAACUCGAGCAUCAAGCGGUGGCGGCUGCCUCCUCGGCGAGCUGCGCGUGCGUCUACCCUGGGUGCAGGGGAUACCGACAGGCAGCACAGGGUAUCCCUCUCGCCCUCGCUGCAUGGCUCCCUGAGCUCCGCAUUUGAGCAGAGGGAGUACCACGACGCCGACACCCUUUUCGGCAUCCCCUUCGAGAGUCUCGUGCGGCUCACGUCGCCAAACGAUCCUUUCACGCCGUACACGGGUCUGGGCCGCGGCAGAGACCCGGAAGUCGCGACAUUGUACUCCGCCGCGUCGAUCCUCUCCGUCCCGCACCGCUCGCCAAUGCAAGCCGCGUUCACCGCCUCGCAGCCGCCGCUGCUCUCCAGCGCGCCCACGAUGCGUAGCGACACGCUGAACUCGCGCGGGCUAGAGGAGCCGGUGCCGCCCCUGCAUACCGCACGCGCGGACUAUGAGGAGCGCGAGGUGGCCGCUGAUGCAGUGCCGCUGGUGAAGGCUCCGGACCACACUAUCGAGGGCGACCACGGGCUCGUGCGCUCGAUCACGCUGAACGACCGUAUGCAUGCGCUGACGGUAGACACAGCGGGUGAGGUCGCGGUGUGGGAUAUCGUGCGCGGGACGUGCUUGGGGAAGUACUCCCCCGAGGACGUAUCCGCGGCGAGCUUUAGAGGGAGUACGGCGGGUGGGAGCGACGGCGCGGGCGAACGGGAGCGGAGUCCGCGGGAGGCACUCGAGUCGGUCAGGGAGAGGAUUGAGGGGGAGGCGGUGGUAACUGCUUGGUCGUCGGUGGAUACCAAGACGGGCGUGCUCACUGUGCAUAUGAACGAGAAGUGUUUUGAGGCGGAGAUUUAUGCCGACGAAGCGGGGUAUGGGCCCGAAAAGCACUUCAGCGACGAAUCAAGAUUGAAUAUCGGGAAGUGGAUACUGCGCAACUUGUUCCUUGGGUUCAUUCGAGAAGAACAGCGGGCAGCCACGAGAAGGGCUCGGGACGAGCGCGACUCUACGCACCACAAGGGUCUGCAUCGCGGGUCAGCGCCAUCACACAUCGACAUUAACGGGCAUUCCCCGCCAGAAGCUCGACCACGCUCUAAUUCCGACGCGUCCAUAUCAUCCAACCGUUCCCCGUUCCAUAGUACUGUCUUAGCGUCCCCUAAUAUGCUUCCCGCAGUUUCGCCUGCAGUCCCUAUCAGUGCAAAGUCAUCACCGCUCUUGACACCGAUGAUCCAGCUGUUUCCGAUCGGCAAGGAAAGCGGUUUGUCACCGAUACCUCAGUCGCCUACCGUAGCGAGCAAUGAUGCGACGCCUGUACCUCAGCCCAAGCCGGUUAUCGCUGCUGGCGUCGCCACAGCCCCAGCUACAUCUUCCAAAGACGGCGACUACUUCUCCCUACGGGCUCGGCAAAAUUCGGUGUCUGGAGGGAGGCCCACUACGCCUGACGAUUUUGCUGUCUGGGGUCCUCCGAAGACUGCAAAUGAUUCUGCCAUACCAGCAACUCCUAGCACACCCAGUGCUGGUGGAUUUAUGGGUAAAUUGCGUCACUUCGGAAAGAGCUCGAAGAGGGCGAGUGAGGCUGGCAGCAUAACAACACCAGGCGGCUCAGCGGUGUCUCACGAAGUACCUAGUACACCAGCGGAGGUUAGUAAUUCCCCAGUCCAGUCCCUUUUAGCAAAUCCCAUCACCCCUCCCACCUCUGCAGACGGACCUCACUUAUCCCUGGCACCGAAUACUUCCCUCAUCAUAUCGGAAGAGGCCGCAUCCGGAUGGAAGACAUUGUACCGGGGUAGUGUCUCCUCUACAGGAGCAGACAUGAGAGCUCUGGAAGAAGCCAUGCCUUUUUGGUUAUUGGAAUACCUUUUGGCCAAUAAGGUUGCCCCUAUCCCGGUGUCGAAGGUCAGCUUCGUGCUACUGCCUUAUCCCGCGAAGACCCCGGAUGAGGAGAGGCUACCUGAACUUCUGAAUACUGCACAAUCCAAACUUACUGCGAGCCGUUUCUUGCGAGUCCGCAAGCUGACUUACCAUGUACAAGACAAGCUAGAACGGCUUGCAGGCAACUCGACUUUCACUACCCCGAGGUCCUCGUUUGACUCCGGGAGACCGCAUGAUACUGCCAGCAAGCCCCGCCCUCGAGCCGAGGAGCAUUAUGAGAUUCUCUGUAACGAGCUGGUCCUUCCUCUCGACAUGACAUUGGCUGCAGUGCGACAAUACGUAUGGAGGCAAGCGGGCGAGCUAGUCAUGUAUUAUAGACGUCGGACACCUCACCGUCGGCCUCUCGAGUCUUCACCGGAGCAACCCAGAUAA